AUGGCUCCAACUCCAUCGACUCCAGUUACCAAAUCGGAAAUCGAAACAGCUUUUGCUGCAAUGUGCACCGAAGAAAAACCAAAUUUGGUGAAAAUCGAUCAAUUGAAGGUUAGUUUUAAUUUUUAGAUGGGGUAUUUGGGACAAUUAAAGUAAAGCCAAUUUUCAAGAUUUCUGAGAUGUCACGGACUUACAAUCAGUGAAUAAAUUCAUUGUGUAAAUUUGACAAUUGAAAGCACAUCACUAGAGAUAAUUAUUACAAAAAUUCUAGAGAUUACAAUUCGUCAAAAAUAUAGUUAGGACGUGGCAAAGUUCAGAUUUUUUAAAAAAUCGGAGUUCAAAAAUAAACUAGUUACAAUUUUCAACAAGGUCCGAUUCUCUGUCAACUUUUCCACGUCAUUACUAGAUAGUAUUUUGACACCCGGAAUCGAAAUUUUUUGUUUCAACAUAAAAAUGUGUUCCCUUCGAAUUUUUUCUCUUAAAAAUAUCAAAAAUCUUUUGAUAGAUCCUGAAAAUUAAAAAAAAAUUUUUUUUACUUAAAAGUUGAUUCAAUUUUGCAGCUCGUUAUGCGUGCACUCGGAUAUGAUCCAAGAAAUGCAACAGUUCAAGAAAUGACGAAAAAAAUCAAGGAUGGAAGAUCGAAAUUGAUUGGAUGGCACGGAGGUUAGUUUGAGCAUGAGUUUUAAUUCUAUAACUAAUGUUAAUUAAAAAUCUAUUAUCUCUAAAAAAACCAAAGAUCAUUUUGAAUGCGGAUUUAUUGGUCCCAUGGGAAUUGCUUUUUGUUUCUUUAUGUUGUGUUUGUUUUUUCUUUUUGUUUUGUAUUUUCCUCUUUUUUUCUAGAAAAUGAAUACAUGGAUGUUGAAGAAUUGUGGAAUGCAUUACAAACAAAAGAUGUGAAAGAAACUGAAGACAAAGUAACAACUGAAAUGCGUUCUGCGUUCAAACUUUUUGAUCCCGAAGAGAAGGGAUUCAUCACUUUAGACAAUUUGAAAAUGGUAAUUUUGAAACUGAAGAUAAUUUUUUUGCAAAUCAUCAUAAAAAUGAGAAAUUUCUAGGUUGCUAAAGAACUUGGUGAAAAUAUGGGUGACGUGGAAUUGGAAGAAAUGAUCAGAGAAGCUGGAGGAGAUGGAAAAACUGGAGUUAAUGAGCAACAAUUUUUUGAAAUCAUGAAGAAAACAUGUUUGUAUUGA